AUGCGGCGGCAGCAGGGCAUGCGACUCGAUGACAGAUACGUUCCGUACUUGCAGAUGGCCGGGCUAUACCAUCUAGCAAGGCUGAACGAUAGAUGGUUCCGGUUAGACGAGGCCCUUGUCAGUGCAUUCGUCGAGCGAUGGCGUCCGGAGACGCACACGUUUCACAUGCCGUUCGGAGAGUGCACACUCACACUUCAGGACGUGGCAUACCAGUUGGGUUUGCCAGUGGACGGGCAUUACGUCAGCGGCUGCCUAUCAGAAUUUCAUAUUUACAUCCAGGGUGGCCGUCCAGCCUGGGAGACUUUUGGUGAGUGCCCUGAAGGAGUUAAUGACGAGACUGUGCGGAGAUAUGCCCGUGCAUACAUCAUGAUGUUGUUGGGUACGCAGCUGUUUGCGGACAAGUCCGGCAACCGCAUUCACAUCAGAUGGCUUCCCUACGUAGCUAGGCUGGAGGAGAUGGGUACCUACAGUUGGGGUUCUGCAACACUGGCCUGGUUGUACCGGUGCAUGUGUCGAGUGGCGAACAGACAUGUGGUCAAGUGGUUAGGAUACAACCCUUCCAGUAGCGAGAAGGGUCCUAGAGUGCAGAUGUGGAGGCUGAGGAUAGACCGGUUACAGGACAGGGAGGUUGUGCAUCCAGAGGCCUUGGAGCCUUGGCAUAUGGCGUUGUGGCGGUCUGUGACGUCGCUGAUCUACUUUGCCGUCAUAGAGUGGCAUAAGAUAGAUAGGGUGGACGACGAGGCCAGGGAGGGAGACGGAGAGGGCGUGGUGGGGGGACCGCCGUCCUCGUGA